UAAAAUGGACAUUUGAGCCGAAUUUUUGAAAAUGACGUCAAAAUAGCCAUAAAAAUAUGACUUAUAAAUAACCAAUAUUGCUGUUAACCUGGCAUAGUUAUCCGAUAGCUACAAAUCAAUUAGAAACAUGAAGGUACUCUUCGUUUUGGCUCUCGCUGUGGCUCAAGCACUGGGUGCUUCAAUCAGCAAUCUCCCUGCCAAGAAUGGUAUCGAAAUUAGUCACAUGCCUGCCAAUUUACCAAGCGGUAUUGAAAUAAGCCACCUACCAGCUGAUUUGCCAAGCGGAAUUGAAAUUAGCCACCUACCAGCUGAUUUGCCAAACGGAAUUGAAAUUAGCCACCUACCAGCUGAUUUGCCAAGCGGAAUUGAAAUUGGGCAUCUUCCAGCUGAUUUACCCAGUGGUAUUGAAAUUGGACACCUCCCAGCUGAUUUACCCAACGGUAUUGAAAUUGGACACCUCCCAGCUGAUUUACCCAGCGGUAUUGAAAUUGGACACCUCCCAGCUGAUUUACCCAACGGUAUUGAAAUUGGACACCUCCCAGCUGAAUUACCCAACGGUAUUGAAAUUGGACAUCUCCCAGCUGAUUUACCUAACGGUAUUGAGAUUGGACACCUCCCAGCUGAAUUACCUAAUGGAAUUGAAAUAGGCCAUUUACCAGCUGUCCUGCCAGAAGCUGAAUCUACUCCCAGCUGUGUAAAAUAUGUAAGACAACUCUUGGAAGAGGUGUUGGCUCAACUUCCUGGUGCCCAACAGCCAGUUGAACGUCCCAAUCCAGUUUUACCAGAACAAGAGGAAGCUGCUUCUCCCAUUGAAGACCAGGAUGCUUGCACCAAAUGCUUCCAGAAAUUGCAGUUGUUGAUCGAGAAGGCCAAUAGCAGAAAUUCUAAUAUUCUUACUUUUUAAAUUUCUAUUUAAUUAAUUAUGAUGGCUAUAGUAUGAAACAAAUAAAUAUAUUUCUAACUUUUAAGAAAA